AUGCGCAUCAUCUUCCGGAAGAUUUGGUGGACCUUUUUUGAGCAAGAUUAUGUCGCCACUGUCAGACGCACAAUAACAGCGAACCAAAGUUGUCUCUGUCUUCUUUUGAUAACCAUGAUCGUUCCAACAGAAAUAAAUUCACCUUCCCAUCCUGUUAGUUAUUCACCAAACAAUGGAGUAGAAAUCGUCAACUCCUUUGGACAAAGCUCUACGGUGCCAUGGGAGCUUUGUUCUAUUGGAAAAUUCACCCAGCUGAUGGACCCCCUCUUCCGCGACAGCCCAGCAGAGGGAUACACCCAAAGAAAUCGAUAUGUGGUAUACUUCCUGGACUUUCAGUUUCAACCAAGGGUGUCGCACAGCUGGGCAGAGUUAGUUCAUCCCGGAAAUAUUCUUUACCUGGCUAUAAAGUUGAAGAAAUACCAAUUCCGCAAACAACGUUGCGUUCGUUGCAAUUGGUAUAUUACCGAGCUGUCAGGUGGAUGCUUCGUUAAUUGCCCGGGAUGUAGUGCAGAAACCGAUUGCGAGACGGAGAAAGGUCCACUCCUGAAUAUUUGUGAAGAUGAACAGUCUCUAGGCGUGAAGUCUUAUGGACCGCCCCCCAAGCCUGUGUCAAAAUCCAAAGGCACUCGUUCUCCACUAGCAGAUUAUCGGAAUUUCCAGAACUUCUAUGUAUUGCUAUAA